CCCGCAGCCGCCGCCGCAGCCGCCGCCUGGGCCGCCCCGUGUCCCCGGUGGAGCUGCUGCCGCCGCCGCCGGGAGCUCGAUGCGGACGGAGCCCGGGCCGGGCCAUGGGGAUCCUCAGCAUCACGGACCAGCCGCCCCUGGUCCAGGCCAUCUUUAGCCGAGAUGUGGAGGAAGUGCGUUCCCUCCUCUCGCAGAAGGAGAACAUCAAUGUGCUGGACCAAGAGAGGCGAACCCCACUUCAUGCUGCUGCCUACGUAGGCGAUGUCCCCAUCCUCCAGUUGCUACUGAUGUCAGGUGCUAACGUCAAUGCUAAGGACACACUGUGGCUGACCCCUCUUCAUCGUGCUGCUGCCUCCCGAAAUGAGAAGGUGCUGGGAUUGCUGCUGGCACAUUCAGCAGAUGUGAAUGCCCGGGACAAGCUGUGGCAGACACCGCUGCAUGUGGCCGCCGCCAACCGGGCCACCAGGUGUGCUGAGGCUCUGGCACCAUUAUUGAGCAGCCUCAACGUGGCUGACAGGAGCGGGCGCAGUGCCCUGCACCACGCAGUGCAUAGUGGGCAUCUGGAGAUGGUGAACCUGCUCCUCAGUAAGGGAGCCAGCCUGAAUGUCUGUGACAAAAAGGAGCGGCAGCCUCUGCACUGGGCGGCUUUUCUAGGGCAUUUGGAGGUCCUGAAACUGCUGGUGGCACGGGGAGCAGACCUUGGCUGCAAGGACCGCAAGGGCUAUGGGCUGCUCCAUACAGCUGCUGCCAGUGGCCAGAUUGAAGUGGUGAAGUACUUGCUACGGAUGGGGGCUGAGAUUGAUGAGCCCAACGCUUUUGGAAACACAGCUUUGCACAUCGCCUGCUACCUGGGCCAGGAUGCUGUGGCUAUCGAGCUGGUGAACGCAGGAGCCAAUGUCAACCAGCCAAAUGACAAGGGCUUUACACCACUGCAUGUGGCUGCGGUCUCCACCAAUGGCGCGCUCUGCUUGGAGCUGUUGGUCAAUAAUGGGGCUGAUGUCAACUACCAGAGCAAAGAAGGGAAGAGUCCUCUGCACAUGGCUGCCAUCCAUGGCCGUUUCACCCGCUCCCAGAUCCUCAUCCAGAAUGGCAGUGAGAUUGAUUGUGCCGACAAAUUUGGGAACACGCCACUGCACGUGGCCGCUCGCUACGGACACGAGCUGCUCAUAAGCACCCUCAUGACCAACGGCGCGGAUACCGCCCGGCGUGGCAUCCACGACAUGUUCCCCUUGCACUUAGCUGUUCUCUUUGGAUUCUCUGACUGUUGUCGUAAGCUUCUUUCCUCAGGUCAGCUGUACAGCAUUGUAUCCUCACUCAGCAAUGAGCACGUGCUUUCAGCUGGGUUUGACAUCAAUACACCUGACAACCUUGGCCGUACCUGUCUUCAUGCUGCUGCUUCUGGAGGGAACGUUGAAUGUCUUAAUUUGCUGUUGAGCAGUGGAGCUGACUUGAGGAGGAGAGACAAAUUUGGAAGGACCCCACUGCACUACGCCACCGCCAAUGGCAGCUACCAGUGCGCCGUCACACUGGUGACCGCCGGGGCAGGCGUCAAUGAGGCCGACUGUAAAGGGUGCUCUCCGCUCCAUUAUGCUGCCGCCUCCGACACCUACAGGAGGGCGGAGCCCCACUCAUCUUCCAGCCACGAUGCUGAAGAGGACGAGCCACUGAAGGAGUCCCGCAGGAAGGAGGCCUUCUUCUGUUUGGAAUUCUUACUGGAUAACGGUGCAGACCCCUCCCUGCGGGACAGGCAGGGCUACACAGCCGUGCACUAUGCAGCCGCCUAUGGCAAUAGACAGAACCUCGAACUGCUCUUAGAAAUGUCCUUUAACUGCCUGGAGGAUGUAGAGAGCACCAUUCCAGUCAGCCCUUUGCACUUAGCUGCCUACAACGGUCACUGUGAAGCCCUGAAGACACUGGCCGAGACGCUGGUGAAUCUGGAUGUAAGGGACCACAAGGGCCGGACCGCGCUCUUCCUGGCCACUGAGCGAGGCUCCACUGAGUGUGUGGAGGUGCUAACAGCCCAUGGCGCCUCUGCCCUCAUCAAGGAGCGCAAGCGCAAGUGGACACCCCUGCACGCUGCUGCUGCCUCUGGCCACACUGAUUCCCUGCACUUGCUGAUCGACAGUGGGGAAAGAGCUGACAUCACAGAUGUCAUGGAUGCCUAUGGACAAACCCCACUGAUGCUGGCCAUCAUGAAUGGCCACGUGGACUGUGUACAUCUGCUGCUAGAGAAAGGAUCCACAGCUGAUGCUGCUGACCUCCGGGGCCGCACUGCCCUCCACCGUGGGGCAGUGACUGGCUGUGAGGACUGCCUGGCCGCCCUGCUGGACCACGAUGCAUUCGUGCUGUGCCGAGACUUCAAGGGCCGCACGCCCAUUCAUCUGGCCUCAGCCUGUGGCCACACUGCAGUACUGCGGACCCUGCUGCAGGCUGCCCUUUCCACAGACCCCCUGGAUACCGGGGUGGAUUACAGCGGAUACUCGCCCAUGCACUGGGCCUCCUACACUGGACAUGAAGAUUGUCUGGAGUUGUUACUUGAACACAGCCCGUUUUCAUACCUGGAAGGAAACCCCUUCACUCCUUUGCACUGUGCAGUAAUUAAUAACCAGGACAGCACCACAGAGAUGCUGCUGGGAGCUCUGGGUGCCAAGAUUGUGAACAGCCGAGAUGCCAAAGGACGGACCCCUCUUCACGCCGCUGCCUUCGCGGACAACGUCUCUGGGCUCCGGAUGCUGCUGCAGCAUCAAGCCGAGGUGAACGCCACUGACCACACUGGCCGCACUGCGCUCAUGACGGCGGCUGAGAAUGGGCAGACCGCUGCUGUGGAAUUUCUGCUGUAUCGAGGGAAGGCAGACCUUACUGUGCUGGAUGAGAACAAGAACACUGCCCUCCACUUGGCCUGUAGCAAGGGCCACGAGAAAUGUGCCCUCGUGAUCCUGGCAGAAACCCAAGACCUCGGCCUCAUCAAUGCCACCAACAGCGCGCUGCAGAUGCCCCUACACAUUGCCGCCCGGAAUGGUCUGGCUUCUGUGGUGCAGGCCCUGCUGAGUCGUGGGGCCACAGUGCUGGCUGUGGAUGAAGAAGGUCACACCCCGGCAUUGGCCUGCGCCCCCAACAAAGAUGUGGCAGACUGCCUGGCCUUGAUCCUUUCCACCAUGAAGCCUUUCCCACCCAAGGACGCCGUCAGUCCUUUCAGCUUCAGCCUGCUCAAGAACUGCGGCAUCGCAGCAGCCAAGACGAUGGAUGCAUCCUGCACCCUCCAGGCCCCUCCUCCCCAUACCUGCUUUGAGCCCUCCUCCUGCCACAUCCUGGUUUUCUAUGCUGUUUUGGUGCAAGUACAACUGUCGUAGUCAUGGCUUUGGGAUGGGUUCUGUUUAUUAAAAUCCUGUUGCUCCUACUG